UGCAGCCCAUUGACGAUAGCCCACCUGACUGCAGCCCAUUGACGAUAGCCCACCUGACUGCAGCCCAUUGACGAUAGCCCCCCUGACUGUAGCCCCCUGACAGUAGCCCGCCUGACUGCAGCCCCCUGACAGUAGCCCACCUGACUCCACCAUCCUGACAGUAGCCCCCCUGACUGCAGCCUCCUGACGGCAGCCCCCCUGACUGCAGCCCCCCUGGUAGCGCCUCUGACUGCAGCCCACCUGACUGCAGCCUCCUGAUGGUAGUCCCUCUGAUGGCAGACCCCCUGAUAGCAGCCCAGCUCUCAUUCUUGUUCCUCUGUUUGGCUCUGUCCUCCGUGGCUGGAUUCUGUGUGGACACCAAACAACCAAUCAUCUUCCAGGGUCCAGACCACAGCUUUGGAUACCAAGUGGUCCAGAUGGAUAAACGGGUCAUAGUCAGCGCUCCCCUUCAUCAGACUACUACUAAUAGAACUGGACAACUCUAUGACUGCAGCCCUACAUCUAGAACCUGUCAACCAAUCACAAUCAGUGGUAAUCCGGACGAUGUGUUUAUAUCUCUGGGACUCGCUGUGGCUGUAAAUCGGGACUCAUCCCAGUUACUGGUUUGUGACCCAAGGAUCCAUAAAGACUGUGGAAACAAUAUCUAUGUAUCUGGACGAUGUUACAAGCUGAACAACCAUCUGGAGGUCAAGGAAAUCCUGCCACCAAAACUACCAGAAUGUAACAUGUUCAGCCUGGACAUCGCUUUACUUAUCGAUGGAUCUGGAAGUAUCCAUCCAAGCGAUUUCACAUUAAUGUUAAACUUUGUAUCCUCCGUCAUGGAUGCCUUUAAGGAAACGGAUACUCAGUUUGCUCUGAUGCAAUACUCCAAUCGAUUUCAAAAACACUUUGAUUUCAAUGAAUUUUCUGCUACAAGAAAUCCCAGAAUUCUGACAGCAAGCAUUAGGCCAGAAAGAAGCAAGACACGUACCUCAUCGGCCAUUGAGACAGUGCUGAAUGAACUGUUUAUCCCAGAAAGUGGUUCUCGUGACUGGGCGAAGAAGAUUCUCAUCCUCAUUACAGAUGGAAAGACAGAUGGAGAGAACCCUAGAUAUCCAGAGGUUAUUGGUAAAGCAGAAAGAAUGGGGGUACUGCGUUUUGUUAUUGGGGUGGGAGAUGCAUUCAAAAACCCCGACGCUUACCAGGAACUGGUGGCCAUUGCAUCGGACAAAACCAGCGACCAUAUUAUGAGAGUUAAUGACUUCUCUGCACUCAUCAACUUAAAGAAAGAUCUGGAGAACAAAAUUUUUGCUAUUGAAGGGACACAGUCACAGACAGGAAGCUCAUUCCAGUUGGAGAUGUCACAGGAGGGAUUCAGUGCAAUUUUAACAGAAGAAGGGUCCAUUCUGGGAUCAGUUGGAGCAUAUGAUUGGUCUGGAGGAGCGUCUAUUUACAAGGAUGACAAGAGUAGUACCUGGAUAAAUGCCACUCGAGAGGAAACCGAUAUGAAGGAUUCGUACAUGGGGUAUGCAUUGUUGCAGGUGGGAAAGGAUGUCAUGGCAUUUGGAGCCCCAAGAUACCAACAUAUCGGCAAUGUCCAGAUCUUCAAGAAAGACCCAGCUACCUCACAGUGGCACAAGAAGGCCACCGCCACGGGGGACAAGAUUGGGUCGUACUUUGGAUCAUCAUUGAGCGUGGUCCAAGUAAACACAAACACAUUCAAGACGCUCCUCCUGGUUGGAGCCCCUACAUACUAUUCUCCAGAAGUUCCUGGGGGUCGUGUUUACCUGUGUCCAGUUCCUGCCAUGGAUAUUAACUUGCGUCAUGUCACUCUAUCAUGCCUGAAUACCCUGCAUGGGGACACUACUAAGAUUCUGGGACAUUUUGGUUCAGCCAUCUCUGUGUUGCCAGACCUGACUGGAGAUGACCUACCUGACCUGGCAGUUGGUGCUCCAUGUGAGGACAACAACCAAGGAGCUUUAUACAUCUUUGCCGGUCAGCCAGGUGGUUUCAGAACGUCAUAUAUCCAGCAUAUUGCAGGCAGCCAGGUCAGUAGUGGUCUCAUGCUCUUCGGCAGGUCAAUGAGUGGGAACCUGGACAUGUCUAGUGACGGCCUUCCUGAUCUGGCUGUGGGGAGCAAAGGCAAUGUCUUAAUAAUGAGGACUCGUCCAGUUUUGGGGGUUUCAAUUUCAAUGACAUUUGAACCACCAGAGAUCCCCCUUUCAGUUUAUGAAUGUCCUGAUCCAAAGGACUUUAGGAAAGAACUGCAAAUGGAAGUGUGUGUAGCCACCAGCCUGAAAACCUCCCAGUACAAAGAUGAAAUUUCUGCAGAGUUAAAGUACACUCUCUCGCUGGAUUCUGGCCGCACUCAGAAACGCGCUCAGUUUAAAGGUUCAGGGCAAUCUCUGGAUGCAACUGUGAAACUGACAAAGGAGAAAGUUUGCAGGAAGCACUCAUACCAGAUACCCGAGUGUGUGGACGAUUCUAUGUCACCCCUAAGUGUUGUGUUACAUUUCUCCAUGAGUGGAGUGCCUGUAAUGAGCGAAGACUCCUCCACAAGCCACAUCGGGCAGGUUCCAUUCCAGAAGAAUUGCGGGAGUGAUGGAGUGUGUCAGGAUGAUCUCACUGUCUCGUCCUCGUUUGGCAGUGUGCCCCAGCUUGUGGUGGGGGUGAAUCUUGAGGUUAAUCUAACUGUCUCUGUGCAGAAUCAUGGGGAUGAUUCUUACAAUUCGCAGGUUCUUAUCUCUUACCCCGGUGGUCUAUCGUAUCGCAGAGUGUCUCUUGAACAGAGCAAUAAACGUGUCAUCAUUUCAUGUGCGGCUCUGGACGAGCAAAUACAGGUCAACUGUGGAGUCAACAACCCUCUACUGAGACCUAACACAACGGCUACAUUUGUGGUCAGUUUUCAUGUCUCUGGGAUGGCCGAUCUAGGAGAUUCUCUGUCUAUGGCAGCCAGUGUUACCAGUGAUAAUGUAAACGGGACUGAAGUAAUGAAAUCAGAAGCUCAGCUGAAAGUGGUUUACGGCAUCUAUGUUACAAUAACCAGCCUUGAAGAAUCAACCAAAAACAUCAACUUUUCAUCCCAAGAAAUGAAUAAGGAAUCCAGCACUCGCUACGUGCAACAUGUUUACAGAGUAAAUAACCUGGGUCAGCACGCACUUCCUCUGUCCGUAUCCUUCAUGAUCCCGCUGAGGCUGCAAGAUGAUCUGCUUUGGGGGAAGAUUGUGAUUACCAGCUCAGAGCCGGGCCCUGCGAACUGUACAGUAAUAGGAGAGAUACCCGCACCAGAGAACAGCCAGGAGCUCCUGAGAGCCCGGCCACUGCUGGACUGCAAUGUGACUACUUGCCGCCAUUUUAUAUGUAACAUCAGCCACAUGGAGAUUAGAACCGCGAUUACCUUCACCGUAAGCGGGCAAGUAACCACAGCCUGGGCCAAGCAGACGGAGCUACCAAAGGUACCCCUCCAGAGUCGGGCAGAAAUUGGUUACGAUUUCGGGAAAUAUCAGCACAUCCUGGAUCAGAAUGAGCGUUUCGUCCGAGCACAGGCGCAGACCACACUCGAGGUGUUCACGGAAUAUAAUUAUCUGCCUGUGAUCGUGGGGAGCAGUGUUGGGGGUUUGAUUGUCCUGGCGUUAAUCGCUGCUGGGCUGUAUAAGCUGGGGUUCUUCAAACGGCAGUACAAACAGAUGAUGAAUAAGCCGAAUGAAGAGCCAGGACAAAAACCACAGGAGAACAUUGCCCCCGUCUAAACAAGAACAGACACUGCAGCCAAAACAGCCAGAAUUCUACAAAAUGUUCAUUUUAUUAUUCAACUUACUAUUUAGUUAGUUAAAUGCAAAAAAACUAAACAAAAAAAUACCCAAUUUCUGUAUAGCUGAAGAGGUAUUAUAUCUAUAUAGCUGAGAGAGAAAGAACGGCAGGUGUUUGGUGAAGGAGGAGAUGCAAAGGCUGGAUAUAAAGUAUAAUAAAUGAAAUAAACAGAUUAAAUAUACUGGACUCCAAUUCAAACCUCA